UUUACACCAGAUUAAGCAUAAAGCGGUGAGUGAAAUCUGAGUGCGUGCUCUUUCCAGGGUGCGGCUGUUCUUGAGUGUAGGGUAAUUACGGUAGUGGGCAUGCGCAUUGUUGCCAGGCAUCGUUAAGCAGUGCUGAAGGAGGCGAGAAGGAAAACAGUGGCUGGGGGAGAGAGGGCAGAAGUUGGAUGGCGCUUUCCUUUGUCGCCGUGUCUCAGCGUUCACAAACAACCGUCCGAGCUUAUCCGUGAUCCGUGAAAUCGCACCGUCUGUCGCCGUUUCGCGUCUGAGUCAGUCCUUCGGAUUUCAUCUAAGAAACGGUCCGCUCCCAUCCCGAGCCCCCCGCCCCCGGCCACGAUGAUGGAGGAGUCGGUGACCACGUUCGAGACCCACCUGACGGCUGUCAUGGACAGUCUGAUCCGAGCCUCGGUCUGCGAGAUCACCAAACUCUUCCAGGAUACGGUGAACGACUACCUGGUGGAGCUGUCCCUCAACAGGAAAGAGAACGAGGCUCUCAAACUGCGGCUGAGGCUCACCGAGAACAAGCUGAGAACCGAGCGCAUGUACGGGAUGGGCUGGGCUGCCAACCGCCGCAACGCUGGGCUGGCGACGGAGGAAGGAGCCGGAGGGCGGCAGAAACGAAAAGUUGAGGUGACCCGAGGCAAGUCAAAGAAGGGCCCGGCAGCAGCCUAUGGCAAAGGCUGGCCUGGAGGUGUGUGGGAGGAAGGAGGAGGUGGAGGCGGUGGCAGCAGCGGCAGCAGCAGCAGCGGCGGCGGCGGCAGUAGUGGUGGCGGGGGAGGAGGAGGAGGAGGAGGAGGAAGUGGAGGAGCUGUGGGGAUGGUAGCAGGAGCAGGAGGAAGAGGGGGGAAGGAGGCCAGGGAGAUGUACCUCAUCCAGUUCCCCGGGGAUGAAGAGGAUGAGGGAGGGAUGGUGGAGGACGAGGAAGGGGAGGGCAGCCUCAGCGGUGAGGGGGAGGAGACGGCCAACAUCAAAGAGGAGUUUGCUCCAACAGAGGGCUAUCAACCCGCCUCUCUCCGGCUAAUCAAGGAGGCUUUGAAGAUGGACCCGCCCACCCAGAACCUCCACACCAGCUCCAGAGCCCAAAGCGAAGGAGACCUGUCAGACCAUCCGCCGACCCUCCAUCCAGGAGAGCAAGAGGAGGAAGACUGGGAGGUGGGUUCAGCAGAGCAGUCAGAGGGCGGCAUGACCAUGGAUGAGCUGAGGGGCCUGGAGUCUGCGCUGAGGGCCGAGAGAGGCCGCGAACAAGCUGCCAUGACGGCUUCCCAGCCUGUCAGCCCUGACUCAGCGGUAGUGCGAGGCAGCGAGAUUGGCUUGGCCCCGAAGUACAUAGGCCUUGAUGGUAUGGAGCAGGAUGGAGAACUGGAACCUCAGCCGCCCACGCUGCAGAGAGAAGACCACGUAGGGCAAGUCAGAGUGAAGGACAGCGUGAGGGCUGGAGUCGCUGGGGGAGCGGAGCUGAGGUUAGGCUGGUCAAAGAAGCAGAGAGAGGGCGACUCGGGCACAGUUAUGACUGGAGAGGAUGUGGUGGAGCAGGGAGAGGCAGAACACCUGCCCCACUUGUCUGCUCCUGGGAGCGUCGGGGAGAGCGGAGGGGAAGAGGAGGGUGGCGGGGACCUGCUCCACUUCUGCCCACAGUGUGGAGGAGGCUUCACCUUAGAGGCUGAACUGGAGGAGCACCCCUGUCCACUAGGGGGCGCCCAUUUACAGAACAGUGGAGCAGAGGACAGUCUCUUCCCUUGUGCCCACUGUGGCAACACAUUCAGCCAUGCCUGGGCUCUUAAGAACCACGAGUGUGCCUGUGCCGCAGAGCGGCCACACUGCUGCGAGAUCUGCGGGAAGCGCUUCACACACUCACGCUCGCUGGAACGGCAUCAUCUGGUACACACGGGCGAGAGGCCGCACCGGUGCCCACAGUGCGGACGCAGCUUCAGUCGUCUCGGCAACUUGGAGCGGCACCAGCGCAUCCACACCGGUGAACGUCCAUACGGAUGUGAAGCGUGUGGGAAACGCUUCAGUCGCGUGGAGUACUUAAAGAGACACCAACUCAUACACAACAGUGAAAAGGCAACACUCCAGUGCUCCAACUGUGGAAGAGGAUUUAGUGAUGUGGAGCAGCUGAAAAACCACCAGUGUUUUUAGACCCUGUCCCUCAAAUCUCUGACAGAGCUGGAAAGAAGAAAGAGCUGGUUCUUAAUUGACUGUGGUAGAAUUUAGGUGAUGAAUGUGACUGGUACUCGCUCAUUUUACUCUCAAUGAUUUACCUUUCUUACACUUUGACAGGAUGAGAAGUUAAACUCACUCUAAGAUAAAGAAGCAGAUGUGUGUGUGUGUGGAUGAUUUUUGUUUAGUAAAUAAAGAAUCAGAUGGUCAAAGUUGAGAGGAAGACAACUGUAUAUGGUGUUUCUCUGUGGGAGAAAUAAAAUCAGUCUCAGACGUCCAGCUGUUUUAAUUGGAGGUGUUCUCAUUUGUAUGUACAAAGCUUGUACUUAUUUAUGAUGAUCAAUAAAUUGUACAUUUUUAUCUUUUUAUCAGUAAUUGACUCAUGUUAAAUCUGAACUAAGGCCUUGUUUUUCUCUGACAAUAUAACUGACAGCUCAGUGUUUUGUAUGUUUGUGUUUUGAUCAUAUCAUUAAGAAAUAAAUAUUUCAAGUCAUCA